AGUAGGAUAAAUUAUGGAAAAUGUGUUAAACGAACAUUUUCUAAUGAGGUUUAAACAACAAACAUCAGAUUUCAUUGAAUUAGUGAAAACAAAAGCAAUCGAAGUCGUAGUUCCACAGGAUGAACGUGUAUUAAUAACAAUUUUAACGUUAUUUUUUGCUUGUUAUGUCCUUGUGUAUUUUUCAGGUGGUUUAUGGAAGAAGAAGAAGAAUAGAAAAUUGAAAAAAGUAUUAACAAGAUCAAUGUCAAUUGGAAUUUUGCAUGGAGGUGGAGUGGCUCUACAAAGGCUAAUUGAUUACCAUAAAGCUAAGGCUAACUUUCUAUCAUUAAAUUCUGCUGAGACAGAGUUGGAUGGUCUGAUCAAUGAGGACCGACCCAAUUUUAAGAAACUACGAAGGUGUGUUGCAAAGAUGGAAAUGAGUGGAAAAGAAAGGCAGGCAGUGAUGAAACUAGAGGCUGCAAUAAGGAAAGCUCAACCACAUGAAGCUUAUGAGUUUGAGAUGCUACUUGUGGAAACACUUAUUUUCCAGGGAGAAUUCAGCAAGGCCCUAAGUCGCAAAUGCUUAAACGAAAAAUCUAUUACCGAUGCAAGGCGUCCACUUUAUAAGGCUAUAAUAUACAUCUCACUUGAGGACAAUACUGUUCAAGAUGAAGAUAUAAAUUGCUGGAAAGAAUUCAAACAAAUUAGAGAAGAGAUGAAAAGAUCAGGCAAAAUAAAAGAUGCACAACUUCUUAAAAUCGGCACUAAAUUCGACAAAUUUAAGAGCGUUGUUAUAUCUCUCAAAGAAGACAUACAGGAGGUUAAAAAGAAAGCCAAGAAAAUAAAUAAAUAA